AUAUUAUUAAUUAUAAAUAAAUUCGUUAUGAAUGUCGUGUAGUAUUACAGCGAAAUGUAUAUAUUAUUAUUUUUAUUCAGUGGUGUGUGUGCUCAAAAUUUGUUUCCAGUGAAUAUUUUGCAUUAUAAUGACUUUCACGCAAGAUUCGUAGAAACCAGUCCAUAUGGCGGCGUAUGCAAUCCCGAGUCAGCGCCUUGUAUAGGCGGAUUCGCCCGACUCACAACCCUGGUGAGGCAGAGACUGGCAGCCGAGCCGGACUCUUUACUCCUCAACGGCGGAGACAGCUUUCAAGGAACCAUCUGGUACAACAUCCUACGAUGGAACGUCACUCAGGAGUUCAUGAACCUGAUUCCACAUACUGCCCAUGUUUUAGGAAACCAUGAGUUCGACAACGGAAUCGAAGGCGUUGUGCCGUACCUCGAGCAUCUCAACUCGCCGGUCGUGACUGCUAACAUCAUCGAUGAUGAUGAACCCACCAUCCAGGGGCUGUACGAACCGAGCAUCAUUGUGGAGAGGAACGGACGAAAAAUCGGCAUCAUUGGAGUCAUUAUUGCAUCUACCAAUACCCUGGCGUCUACAGGAAGACUAAGAUUUACUGAUGAAGUGGAAACUGUGAGAGCAGAAGCACAGAAACUCCACAACCAAGGAGUUAGAAUCAUCAUAGUGCUCUCACAUUCUGGUAUAGACAUAGAUAGAGAAAUAGCUCUGCGCGGAGGCCCUCACAUAGACAUAAUCGUUGGAGGCCACAGCCACACGCUGUUAUUCAAUGGUGAACCUCCGGAAAAUAGUGGAUUCACACCACGAGGUCCAUAUCCCGUUGUGGUAGAACGAAGUGGAACACCGGUACUAAUCGUUCAAGCUGCCGCUCACACGCAAUUUUUGGGUGAAAUCAAACUAUUCUUUGAUGAUGAAGGAAACCUCAUCAGUUGGGACGGACAUCCACAUUUCAUAGGAAACGAAAUUGAACAAGCACCUGAUAUUCUGGAAAGAAUUAAAGUUUACCUACCCAUCAUCGAAGAGCAAGCACGGGUUGAAAUAGGCACUUCGUUGGUGCACAUGUCGGCUCAAUGCAGAUGCGCCGAGUGCAACCUUGGUAACUUUAUUUGCGAUGCAUUUAUGAAUGCUGUUAUGGAUCGAGCUCAAGAAGACAGUUGGCAUUACGCGCACUUCUGCGUGAUGAACCAAGGGUCAAUAAGAUCUGAUAUUGGUAACGGUGCAAUAACAUUCGAAUCAGUUAUACUGUCGACUCCAUUCGAAAAUAACGUCGAAGUUUUCGAACUAAGAGGCGAUCAUAUUCUAGAAAUGCUAGAAUAUUCUGUCGCUAACAUACCGUUUGCCGGCGCGAGGAUGCUACAAGUUUCGGGGCUGCGGUCGAUGUUCGACGGCUCUCUGCCUGUCAACAGCAGGGUUGUCAACGUGACGGUCCGCUGUAUCGAAUGCGACAUCCCUAGAUACCAGCCAUUGGAACUGGACAAGUACUAUCGAGUGGUCACCCAAAACUUCAUUGGAGAAGGUGGCGACGGUUUUUCUAUGAUAUCAGAAAACAGGAAGAACGUGGAAGUAAUAGGAGUAGACUACGAUAUCCUGAUGCGGUACAUACGUCGCCAGUCUCCAGUAUUUGUCGAAGUAGACGGCCGAGUCCACAUCGACAACCCUUGCAUGGUUUAGAUCACGAUUUAAAAUACAAUAAAAUAUUUAUAUGUUUA